AUGGUUUUGAUUCAAGAAACGAAGAAGUCAUGUAUGGAUGAGAAUUUCGCUAGAUUCCUAUGGCCAGGAGAUGACCUGGGGUAUAUAGGGGUUGAUGUAGAAGGGAGUUCAGGGGGUUUGUUGUGUUUGUGGAAACCUGAGGUCUUUCAGAUUACGGGUUGUUGCAGGUCCAGGAAUUUGGUUUUGUUAUCAGGUUUAGCCUAUCUCAGACUUGGCUGUUUCAUUGUUAAUGUCUAUGUCAUAGUAGUGGGAGAAGGCAUCUUUGGGAGCUUUCUUAAAGAAGUUAAAAAGGCUUGGGUUAGUGCACCAGUAGAGGGUUGGGCUGGCUUUAGAAUUAUGGCCAAAUUGAGGUCACUCAAGCAAGCAUUAAAGAUUUGGAAUGUGGAGGUCUUUGGGCAUGUGGUAUCUAAACUUAAAGUAGCUGAAGCUGAGUUACACUCCUGGGAUUUAGUUGUGGAAGAGAGAGAUCUUACAGAAGCAAAAGCUAGAAAGAGAAUUGAAGUCAGAGAUGAAGUUUGGCAGAGUAGAAAAAAAUUGGAGUCGAUCUGGUUACAAAAGUCUAGAUUAAAUUGGGCAUUAAAAAGGGAUAAAAACACUAGAUGCUUUCAUAUCAUGGCCUCCAGAAGACAAAGUAGGAACCUUAUUGAUUCAAUGAAGAUUAAUGAUACUUUAUAUGAGGAGCCCUUGGAGUUAAAACAGGCUGUGUGGGUUUAUUUUAAAGAUUUGUUCACUGAAGGUUGGAAAGUGACGCCAAGACUAGGGGGUGAAUUUAGUUGCAUUGAUCAAGGCCAACUUCAGCGUUUGGAGUCAGAUUUCUCAGAAGCAGAGGUUUGGGUAGCAGUUAAAGAAUGUGAUGGAAACAAAGCUCCAGGUUGGAAAGUGACGCCAAGACUAGGGGGUGAAUUUAGUUGCAUUGAUCAAGGCCAACUUCAGCGUUUGGAGUCAGAUUUCUCAGAAGCAGAGGUUUGGGUAGCAGUUAAAGAAUGUGAUGGAAACAAAGCUCCAGGUCCAGAUGGAUUUAACUUGUUUUGCAUUCAAAAGGGUUGGAAGAUCAUGAAGGGUGAUAUCAUGGAUUUUAUGAAGGAGUUUCAUGCUAAUGGGGUGUUGGGAAAUGGCAUUAAUUGUUCCUUUGUGACUCUUGUUCCUAAAUCUAAUUGUCCUGAAUCAAUUAAAGACUUUAGACCUAUCAGCUGCAUUUAUAAAGUGUUGUCUAAAGUGCUUGUCUAA